AUGGCCACAGGCGCGGGUGAGUGUCCCGAGAAGGCCAGCCAAAGCCGGGUGGACCACCUCCUCAGUGCCGUGGAGAGUGAGCUUCUGGUUGGCAGCGAGAAGGGCGACCCCACGGAGAAGGAACUCAAACUAUCCCUGGAUGAGAACGAGCUUUGGCAGCAAUUUAAGGAUCUUACAAAUGAAAUGAUAGUUACAAAGAAUGGCAGACGCAUGUUUCCGGUGCUGAAAGUGAACGUGUCUGGACUGGACCCGAAUGCCAUGUAUUCUUUGUUGCUGGACUUUGUAUCUGGAGACAAUCACAGGUGGAAAUACGUUAACGGGGAGUGGGUCCCUGGUGGUAAACCUGAACCUCAAACCCCCAGCUGCGUGUGCAUUCACCCGGACUCUCCAAACUUUGGGGCGCAUUGGAUGAAAGCCCCCGUCUCCUUUUGUAAAGUCAAACUCACCAAUAAACUCAACGGAGGAGGUCAGAUAAUGUUAAAUUCUUUGCACAAGUACGAGCCCCGCGUUCAUAUCGUCCGGGUUGGAGGCCCGAGGAGGAUGAUCACCAGCCACUCUUUCCCAGAGACACAGUUCAUUGCAGUAACAGCAUACCAAAACGAAGAGAUAACUGCUCUUAAAAUAAAGCAUAACCCUUUUGCCAAGGCCUUCCUAGAUGUGAAGGAUAGAAGUGAUCACAGAGACACAAGAGAAGAUGCCAUUGAAAACCAGCAGUCGACUUAUUCUCAAUUAGGUGGUUGGUUUAUUCCAGGCUCAGGCGGUCUUUGCCCUCCUGCCAGUCCUCACAGCCAGUUUGGGAGUCCCAUCUCCCUCUCGCCAUCCCACGGCUGUGAGCACUACUCCACCCUAAGAAACCACCGCUCUUCCCCCUACACCAGUCCGUAUGCCCAUCGGACCAACUCGCCCAUCAGUUACUCCGAUAACUCGCCAGCCUGUCUGUCGAUGCUCUCGAGCCACGAUAACUGGUCCAGUCUACAGAUGCCAACACACUCCGGUAUGAUGCCCAUGGCCCACAAUUCCACCUCUGGUACCAACUCUAGCCAGUACACCAGCCUGUGGUCGAUGAGUAACUCGCCAAUGACUCCCGGGUCCCAGAACGGGGGGAUGAACAACGGCCUGAGCUCCCAGUUCCUCCGCGGGUCCAGCAGCCACUACCCGAGCCUGUCUCACUCAGACACAGCGCCCUCUACCGGUUCUCCUCUGUUCGACAGCGGCACAGCAACAGAAGUGCAUGACACAAGUCAGUAUGACGCCAACCCGCACGGGCGGCUGCCUUCAGCCUGGACUGAUGUGACCCCUCCGUCCCUCUGA